AAAUUAAAGCAAUCAGACUCUGACCCUCUCAUAUAAUUCUCAGAUCCACACAGAUCUCCUUGCUUCACCGACACCUAUUUGUUUACUUCCUUUGAAAAUUUCAAGUUUCGUUUCCAACUGCUUUUUCAUAUAAAACCAGAAAUCCAAUUUUAAAUUUUAAAAUAUUGUUUCAAAAACAAGAACAACAAACUGUGUUGGUCUUUUAAAUUUACUACAAUAUGCAGCGUGAUACCCUAAAAAAGGACUUAAAAGAUAUGGAUUUCUUUACGGAGUACGGGGAUGCCAAUCGAUAUAAGAUUCUCGAAGUUAUUGGCAAGGGGAGCUAUGGAGUUGUUUGUGCAGCAAUUGACACCCACACUGGCGAAAAAGUUGCCAUCAAAAAAAUCCAUGAUGUUUUUGAGCACAUCUCUGAUGCUAUUCGCAUAUUAAGAGAAGUUAAGUUGCUUAGGCUUUUACAGCAUCCUGAUAUUGUUGAGAUUAAGCGCAUCAUGUUGCCGCCUUCUAAGAGGGAGUUUAAAGACAUAUUCGUUGUCUUUGAGCUUAUGGAGUCUGAUCUCCAUCAGGUCAUCAAGGCUAAUGAUGAUUUGACACGUGAGCACCAUCAGUUUUUCCUUUACCAAAUGCUACGAGCAUUGAAAUACAUGCAUACAGCAAAUGUUUACCAUAGAGAUCUUAAACCCAAGAAUAUAUUGGCGAAUGCUAAUUGCAAGCUCAAAGUGUGUGACUUUGGUCUAGCGAGAGUAGCCUUUAGUGAUACACCAACCACAAUUUUCUGGACGGACUAUGUUGCAACAAGAUGGUAUAGAGCUCCGGAGCUAUGUGGAUCAUUUUUUUCAAAGUAUACACCUGCGAUUGACAUUUGGAGUAUAGGGUGCAUAUUUGCGGAGGUAUUGACAGGGAAGCCAUUGUUCGCGGGUAAAAGUGUUGUUCAUCAAUUAGAUUUGAUUACUGAUCUUCUCGGGACUCCCUCAUGGGAAACAAUUUCUGGAGUACGGAAUGAUAAGGCAAGAAAAUACAUGACAGAAAUGAGGAAGAAGCAACCUGUGCCAUUUACACAGAAAUUUCCCAAUGCGGAUCCUUUGGCACUCCGUCUGUUGCAGAGACUAUUAGCAUUUGAUCCAAAAGACCGACCGACUGCUGAAGAGGCAUUGGCUGAUCCUUAUUUUAAGGGCUUAUCCAAAAUUGAGCGAGAACCUUCUUGUCAACCAAUUUCAAAGUUGGAGUUUGAGUUUGAGAGGCGAAGGGUGACAAAGGAGGACGUACGAGAACUGCUAUACCGUGAAAUACUGGAGUACCACCCACAGCUUCUGAAAGACUACAUGAACGGAAAUGAAGGCACAAACUUUCUUUAUCCCAGCGCUAUUGGUCAUUUUAGAAAGCAGUUUGCAUAUCUUGAGGAAAACAGUGGUAGAAGUGGGCCAGUGAUUCCUCUAGAGAGAAAGCAUGUCUCUCUUCCCCGGUCUACUGUACACUCAGCAACAAUACCUCCUAAUAUGCAGCCGAAUUCAUCUGCAUUUGACAAUAGGCACCUUGCUGAAGAGUCCUCUAAGACUUCUAGGGCAACCGAUGCAAUUUCGGGGAAUGUAUCAAAGGCUUCUCGGCCUCCACCUCGAGUACCAACAGGUGAUGCUUCCCGUUAUGGUUCCUUCAGUUGUGCUGCAAAGCCAGGGAGAGUAGUGGGAUCAGUCGUACCUUAUGAGAGUGGUAGAAACAUGAAAGACGCCUGUGAUUCAAGGAUAUUUUACAGAAAUGCCGUCCUCCCUCCCCAGACGGUAUCCCCUCAUUGUUUCUUUAGAACUAACACAAUGACACAAGAUAAGUCGAUGAUGGAGUCUGAGAAAGAUUCUUCACACAUAAGGCGACAGCCUACACAGUCUAACAUAGCAACGAAACCUACCCCUGUCAUGGCCAUGGAUAUGAACGCCAACCCAUAUUAUCAGCCACAACCAAAGGUUGAACAGUUAAACGAGCGAAUUACUAUUGAUACAAAGCUGUUGCAGGCGCAGUCCCAGUUUGGUGCAGUUGGUGCAGCUGCUGUAGCCGUUGCUGCUCAUAGGAGUGUGGGAGCUGUUCAGUAUGGAUUGUCGUUGUAGCUUUAUAUGUUAAUAUCCCUUUUAAUUCAAUUAUUUGAAGCCAGAAUUUGAGGGUUGAUAGAAGAUCUAACUGGGAUAGUAUAGUUGUACUUAUUUACAUCUAUGUAAUUAGAAUCUUACGUCAUUUAUUUAUCAAUGGAAAUAAGUACUCUUA